CAAGCCUCAAGGGUGAGAGCAGGGUCCAAGGACUGCCAGGCCAGUGACAGCUGUUGGGAAAUGCACUCAGGAGGCAGAGGUAGGAAGACUGCUGUGAGUUCAAGGCCAGAGUGGGACUACAGGACGAGAAACCAAGCCCUGGGCAGUGCCACCAGUUCCCAACCCAGCACUGACGAUACAAUGAAGGGUGCUCCUCGCCUCCAGAUCUUGCUCCUGCUGGUGCUGGGAGCUGGGAUGCAGGCACGUGCGGCAACCUGUGGACAGCCCCAUACGUCCAGGCGGAUCGUUGGGGGCCGGGACGCCCAGGAUGGAGAGUGGCCAUGGCAGGCGAGCAUCCAGCACCACGGGGCUCACGUGUGCGGAGGGUCACUCAUCUCAUCCCAGUGGGUGCUGACGGCAGCGCACUGCUUCCCCAGAUGGGUGAGGCCAUCGGAGUACAGUGUGCUCCUGGGAGCACUGCGACUGGGCUUCAAAUCACCACACCAGCUCCUGGUUCCCUUGAGGCGGGUGCUGCUGCCCGCGGAUUACUCCGAGGAUGAGGCCCGAGGUGACCUGGCCCUGCUGCAGCUGCGCCGCCCGGUGUCCCUGAGCUCACGAGUCCAGCCAGUGUGUCUGCCUGCACCAGGCUCCCGCCCACCGCCCAACUCUCCAUGCUGGGUUACUGGCUGGGGCAGCCUCAACCCAGGAGUGCCACUCCCAGAGGGACAACCCCUGCAAGGAGUGAGGGUGCCACUGCUGGACUCGCGUGUCUGUGACCAUCUCUACCACUUGGGCGCAGAUGUGCCCCCGACUGAGCAUAUAGUGCUACCAGGGAACCUAUGUGCUGGCUACCGCAGAGGCCACAAGGAUGCCUGCCAGGGUGACUCCGGGGGACCCCUGGCCUGCAUGUGGUCUGGGCGCUGGGUCCUAGUAGGUGUGGUGAGCUGGGGCAAGGGCUGUGCCCUGCCCAACCGUCCUGGUGUCUACACCAGUGUAGCAAAGUACAGCCCCUGGAUCCAGGCUCGUCUCAGCCUCUGACACUGGUCAAUUUGGUAACACUGAUCUCAAGGCAUACACAUUGGUCCCUCAGAUUCCUGGCUCAUCCUGCACAUACCUCACCCCUUCUGACUUGAAGCUAAGAUGCUGACAUUCUAUCACCUCACCCUGCCUCCUUUCCACCAUGGAGCGGAGCGCACAGAAUCUGACUUCAUCAG